AUGGCAGCUGCAUUUCGAAUAUUGGCAUAUGGUGUACCGGCAGACGCUACUGAUGACUACAUCAAAAUAGGAGAAUCAACUGUCAUAGAAAGUGUGAAAAGAUUUUGUCGUGCUGUUGUUGAAGUAUUUGGAGGACAAUACCUGCGAUCACCCAAUGCUAAUGAUGUUGCUAGACUUCUUCAUAUUGGUGAGCAGCGUGGUUUUCCUGGUAUGUUGGGUAGUCUAGAUUGCAUGCAUUGGAGGUGGAAAAAUUGCCCAACAGCAUCGGCUGGGCAAUAUUCUGGUCGUAGUGGAAAGCCAAUAAUUAUUCUAGAAGUUGUAGCUGAUUAUGAUCUUUGGAUAUGGCAUGCAUAUUUCGGUUUUCCUGGAUCUAACAAUGACAUUAAUGUUUUGGAGUCUUCUCAUCUUUUUUCUAACCUUGCUCAAGGUAUUGCUCCCCCUGCUCGUUAUGUCAUUCAAGGAAAAGAGUAUAACAUGGGUUACUAUUUAGCUGAUGGUAUAUACCCAAAAUGGUUUACACUUGUUCAAACAAUUCAAGAUCCAAGCAGUACAAAGAAUAAGUUGUUUGCAAUGAAACAAGAGGCAUGUAGAAAAGAUGUUGAGCGAGCAUUUGGUGUGCUCCAAUCACGCUUUGCAAUUGUUGCAGGACCUUCACGUUUUUGGCAGAAAAAUAUUUUGCAUGAUAUAAUGACUUCAUGUAUUAUUAUGCAUAAUAUGAUAAUUGAAGAUAAGCGCAAUACGAAUACCUCAAUUGUUGAUCAAGGUGAAGUCUCGUCGACUGCAGAUGUUGAUACAGCAGUAGAUGACAAUAUCCGAUUUCAAGAGUUUCUUGCUAGAUAUGAAGGAAUCAAAAAUAAAAAUGCUCACUUUGCCCUUAGAAAUGUAUUAAUUGUGCAUUUGUGGGAACAAUUUGGUAAUUCUGAUAAUUAA